GAAUCUGAAGAGGAUGAUAAACCGGAUUUCAUACUUGACAUCAAAGCAGUGGAUGCUGAUUUCAAAAAGGUGAUUGUAGAAUAUGAGAAAUCUUCAAAUUUAAUUAAACAAGGGAAGUAUGAUGGAAAAAAGUUUUAUGAAUUGACGAUUAAGAUUCAUAAUGUGGAUUACCGUUUUAAACAAGUUGCGCAAGUGUUGGCUAAAGUUGGUAAUAACAUAGUCAUUGAUGUAUUUGAUCCCAACCAUGUUAAAUAUGUGAUAUCGGCUAUAUUGUCUGAAUUGAAUUUGAAUCCUCAAGUAGAUGCAAAGAAUUCGCAGCAAUUGAAAAUUGAAAUUCCUCCUCGAACCUUGGAAGAUAAUAAGGAAAUCAUUAAGAAUCUAAAAACCAAUCGGGAUUUGUUCAAAAAUUCUUUGAAUAAAACGAGUUUGGAAAAUAUUAGAUCCAAAAUUUUAAAUGAUAUCAAAAAAAUGAAAAAUGAAGAUCUAGGCAAAAAAUAUUCUGCUCAACUUGAAAAAUUACACAAAGAGUAUGUUAAAAAAAUGGAAGAUCACUUAAAA